GCACGUUGGUUCUUUUUAAGGGCAAAGUUGACUGCAUGCGGAAGUGGCAUGCAGUUGGAUUGUUUCCCUGCAGUGUUUGGCUCUACAUAAUAUCAUCAGUAUAAGUUUGUUGAUUUUUUUUUUACCAGGAGGCUAACUGAUGUUGGCUUCCCAACCUGUCUACAACAUGACCACCAUUGUCCAUGAUACCACAGAGGCAGUGUGCCUCUCCGCUGAGUACAACCUGUACCUCAAGCCCAUUGCCAAAAUGACCGUCAGUGUGGCGCUGCCCCAACUGAAGCUGCCAGGUAAGAGCAUCUCCAACUGGGAAGUAAUGGAGAGGGUAAAGGCCAUGGUAGCUCCCGAGCAGUUUUCAGUCCUGCGGAUCUCUAAAAGCACCAUGGACUUCAUCCGUUUUGAGGGCGAGGUGGAAAACAAGACGGUGGUCAAGAGCCUGCUGAGUCGUCUGGAUGGGAAGAGCAUCAAACUAAGUGGAUUUACUGAUGUACUGAAGGUCCGUGCAGUAGAGAACAAGGUGGACUUCCCUACACGACAUGACUGGGACUCCUUCUUCCGAGACGCCAAGGACAUGAAUGAGACUGUGCCGGGAGAAAGGCCCGAUACCAUUCACCUGGAAGGGCUCCCUUGCCGCUGGUUCAGCCAGAAAGACAGCCAGUACCCAGACCGCCCCUCUGAAGAGGUCCUCAUCUCUGUCUUCCAGAUGUUUGGCAAGGUGCGAAACGUUGACAUCCCCAUGCUGGACCCAUACAGGGAGGAGAUGCUAGACAAGAACUUCAACACAUUUAGUUUUGGGGGUCAUCUGAACUUCGUGGCUUACGUCCAGUAUCAGGAGUACUGCGGCUUCACCAAGGCCAUGGACACUCUACGCAGCAUGAAGCUGAUGCUGAAAGGAGACGAUGGAAAGGCAGUGGCCUGCAACAUCAAGGUGACCUUUGACACCAGCAAGCACCUGAGCGAGUCGGCUCUGAAGAAGAGGAGCUUGGAGAGGCUGAAGUUGCAGGAACUGGAGAGGCAGAGAGAGGAGCAGAAGCGACGGGAGAAGGAAGAGGAGGAGCGGCGGAAGGAGGAGGAGAGGAAACAGAAGGAGCAGGAAGAGGAGGAGAAGGAGAGGAGGAAGGAGGAGAGGCUGCGGAAGCGAGAGCAGAAACUGCGGGAGAGAGAGGAGAGAAGGAACCUGAAGAGGGUGAGGCGACAGCAGGAGGAAGAGCAGAAGAAGCUGCAGAUGAAGAUUGCCAUGGAGGAGAGGCGACUGCUGCUCGCUCAACGUAACCUGGAAUCUAUACGGCUCAUCGCUGAGCUACUGGCCAGAGCCAAGGCCCUGAAGCAGCAGCAGCAGGAGAAAGAGAGAGCCGAACGCGAGGAAAAGGAAAGGCAGGAGCAGGCGCGACAGAAGGAGGAGCUGGCCCGGCUUCAGCAGCUGGAGGCCUGUCGACGCAAGCAGGAGGAGGAGCUGCGGAGGGUGGAGGUGGAGAAGGAGCGAGCACUGGAGCUCCAGCGCCGAGAGAAGGAGCUCAGGGAGAGACUGCUCUGCAACAUGUUGAAGAAAACCAGCGGGAAAACCACCAAACCCUCUGACACGCAGGACCAGGCCGGGCCUGUGACGAGAGAGGAGGCCUCAGAUCCUGGCGGCGAUGAUGCGAUGAUGGGAGCUCUGGGCCGACUGAACGGAGUGAAGGCGGUCGAGGGCAAAGAGAGGCAGGUGUCCAAAUCUAGUGUUCACUCCCAAGUUUCAGGGAAAAACAGAGCAACAGAUAGGAAGAAGGAAAGGGAGCGGAGGAGGGAAGACGUUGCGAGGAGCAGACACAACCUGGAGGGAGCGAGAGACCGGGACCGCUCCCAAAGAGAGAGGAGCUCCCAGAGCCGGGGCAGGAGGAGGCGCUCCCAAAGCUACAGCAGCAGCAGGAGGAGAAGGAGCUCCAGCCGUCACAGGAGGAGCUCCAGCCAUCACAGGAGGAGCUCCAGUCACCACGGCAGCAGGAGGCGCAGCCACAGCCACUACAGCAGGAGCACCAGCUCCAGCCGGGACAGGAGCAGGAGCAGCAGCGGGAGGAGUUACAGCAGGGGAAGGAGCCGCAGGCGUAGUCACCGAAGAUACAGCAGAGGCAGCUCCAGGAGCAGCAACAAAAGCAGAGACAGGAGGAGUCACAGCCGUUACAGUCGAAGAUACAGGAGACACAGCAACAGUAGAGACAGGAGUCACUCCAGACGACGUUAAACUCCUCAGUAUUAACAGUUAACCAAUCGAGAUAUUCUCCAGUUCUGGCCUUGCAUCAACAGUUCGACAGAUUCAGCAGUUUCCCAGAAUCAGCUCCAGGGAUAUCCAGGAACAUCUUUACAAUAAACGCUUAAGUCAAAGACAUUGAAUCAGCAUUUGGACUCUGGUGCACUAAAACUCUUCACUAAAGUUGAGAACACUGGCCAUGUUUUCAUUUCAGGCUAAUAUCAGCUCACAGUCUGUAGACGGUCACAUCAGUGUAAUGCUCCUUUUUUUUUUUUAAAUCAAAAAAACAUGUUAAUUACCUUUUUAUUUCCUCCAGUUUUGUUAUUGUGCAUGAAUAACUGAUCUCUAAAAAUUAACAAGUACAGAAAACACAUUGUGUUUGUUACAUUUGAUGAGUCACGAGUUUGUUCACAACACCUGUAGCCUGACUUUAAAAAAAAAUAAAGCAUAGCAUCCUCUACUGACAUGCCAACAACAUGAAUUUUAAGUCAUUUUUAGAACAAGCCUACAAGCUCCUGAACUACUCUUCACGGCUGCCAUAGACCUUUAAGUGGACUACUGAACUAACAUGAAUGGCUGCUGUUUCAUUAUAAAUGUGAAGUUUCCACAGACUUGAAGACACUUACCUCUAUGUUUAGACUGACAAGCAGACCAACUGGCUUCGUAGUCUUGCAGUAGCCGCCUAAAGUAUUUCUUGUAAUACUGCUUCAGUAUUGGCUGUUGUUCUUGUCAGUAUAACCACGCAGCAGCAUUUUUUGAUGAUCACCUAGUUUCAGUUAACAAAGGCCGUUUUUCUUUUAGUUUUGUUUUGGAUUUCUGAAUGUUUUAAAGAUUUAUUUUGUCUGAAAAGAAAAUGAGUUUUCGAGUGCAUUGAAUUGUGUAAAUACUUAAUGUUGAAAGUUGGAAUAAACCUCUGAUGAUGGUAUAAAUACAUAUUGGACCUGAUUUAGGAAGCAGGCUUGGUUCAUAUGUUCUAUACCAGUGAUGGAUUUGAGGUUUAAGGUUUAAUCAUUGUUUAGGAAACAAGCUGUUGGAAUUCAAGUCAAACCAGCAAUUAAAAAUCGGAUAUUAGGAUGUAACUACUGCUUUCAUGCUCACAAUGUAGUGCCAGAUACAUUUCUGUAGCCUUACUGGUAACUGUACAGACUGGAUAUGAGCUGUGUUGAAAGUCAGUCUUAGUUUUGUUGACAGUUCUGCAUUGAAAUUGUUACAUGUUUGUCAAGGCAAAGCACGUUUUGAUCUGUAUACCGUAUGCUCAUGGUCUCAUGGAGCAUGUCUUGCGUACAACACAAGCUGAUUACAAUAAAAAAUCCAAGCUUGA